GCUCUGCAGCAUCUUCCCGGACCAGGGCUCGAACCCACAUCCCCUGGAUUGGCAGGUGAUUCUUAACCACAGCGCCACCAGGGAAGCCCUGUCCAGCUGUUUCUGACCCUCUGAUGAGGCCUCCCUGAGGGCCAGUGUUUGGUUCUGCCAGGGCUGCCUCCAGCCUCUGUACCUCUGUCCUGAACGGAGCACGCCUUCGGGGUCCUCUGAGCGCCAGCAUCCAGCUGCGCCGCGCUCCCUCUGGGCUGAGGGGUGUCCCGUCGUAAGGAUCGGCCACCUCCUGUGUGUCCCUCGCCCGUCAGUGGACACUGGGCUUCUCCACAGCUCUCGUGACCGGCGCUGCCGUGAGCGCUCCUGUGCGGAUUUUCCCCCGGCCUCCCGUGGGGACCAUGGAGCCACCACUUUCUUCCAGUGACAGGGUGGCACGCGAGGCCUGCCCCGGCUGUGAGGCCAGUGAGAGGGACGGCCCUGGAGGACUUGCUGGAGCACUACGGGGUGGGCACUGCUGGUAGUGCCUGGUGGGCCCUCGACAGGUGCGGAAAGUGACAGGUGCGCAGGAACAGGGUGUCAGGAACCCUGCACUUUCUGAUGGGCCUCAGGCCCAGCCUGGCCUUUCUUGUGUGCAAACAGUGACACCCACGGUGACGACCCAGUGGUGGCUGUUGGGAAGCCAGCGUGUAGGAGGACGGCCUCGGGAUCACCUGCGGCUGCCUCUUCCUAAAAUGAGGUGAAAGUCUGAGGCAAAAGAACAGGGACCCCUGAGCUCAGGUGAGCCGCAGGCCCAGCCUGCUAGACGCACGCAGAGCGGUGCAUACCCCGACACCUCGUGGGUUUCUUGCAGGCCGCCAAGUUGCCACCUUUCUCUUGGGGCUGAGCGCGUGCUCUUCUGGGCCGUGGAGCCUCCGCUCCACGGCUCCCGUCUGCUAAGCGGUCCCCUUGGCGCUUCCUGCAAAGGUGGACCGAGCUGGUCCUGCGGUCAGGCUCCUGGCCCUUCGUGCCCCCACUGAGAGUGUUCGAGCCGCUGCCCCACUGCCCAUCGGGCGGUGCACGUUCUUCUGCGGCACUGGGGUGUUUGUAAACACCAGCUGCUGGGGCCAAGCACACACGGGUGCCGGGACUGUGCCUCACGACGUGGCGUCUCCACGGACACGGCCAAGGGCCGAGCUAGAGCCCUUCUUGCCGGGGAGAGGGCACUGUCCCAAGGCUGGUGACACCCCCUGGCCAGCUUUGGCCCUGCUCCAUGCAGUGAGUCCUGCGGUUUCCUCUCACCACUGUUAGUGAUUUCACUCCCCAGAGUUUCGUGGGUAGAGGGUCUCCAGGGUCCCCCAAGAUGUCCUGGAGUCCCCUGAGGUGGCAUCGUCACCGCUUGGCAGUGAGACGGACAGGUUGGGCCCUGGGCCUCCUGCAGCCAGAGCUCUUGCUGGGACCAGGGCUGCGGGGCCAGCAUGGGACCUGGGGGGCGGGGGUCACAGCUGCAGCUCAGCCCUCAUCGCAGAAUCGGCAGGAGUGUCCCAGAAGCCCACAGCUGGGCAGCGACCUGGGUCAUCUUCUGGACAGACGGUGCCCAUUCAACCCGUAGGACCCUGGCCCAGAAGCUACUGCUGAUGGAGGGGAGCGCAGCCCUCAGGCCCACGUCUGCCCUGCAGGUUCUGCGGGGAGUGCCUCCAGCCGUGUCUGCAGGUGCCAUCCCCCCUGUGCCCACUGUGCCGCCUGCCCUUCGACCCCAAGAAAGUGGACAAGGCCGCCCACGUGGAGAAGCAGCUUUCGUCCUACAAGGCACCCUGCCGGGGCUGCAGUAAGAAGACACCCUCCCUGUCCCCUCGUGGGCCUCCCUCGCCUGCAGCUCCCCAGGGACCAGAGGCCUACUGCCCCCCGCAUGGCCCCAUCGUGAAGCCGUGAGCGCCUGCUUCUGGGUGCGGAUCUGCAGCCUUCGGGGUCCUGAGUCUGUGUCUCCCUCACUCGGCCUCUGGGCCCCACUUGCGCAGCGCUGCCGGGCCGCGGCAUCGGGAGCCAGAGGCCCAGCCCUGCUGCCUGCCCCUCCCCUCCUCUCCUCCCCAGGUGACACUGGCCAAGAUGAGAGUGCACGUUGCCUCCUGCGUGAAGGUCCAGGAGCAGAUGGCCAACUGUCCCAAGUUCGUCCCUGUGGUGCCCACGUCCCAGCCCAUCCCCAGUGCCGUCCCCAACAGGUCCACCUUCGCCUGCCCUUACUGUGGUGCCCGCAACCUGGAUCAGCAGGAGUUGGUGAAGCACUGCGUGGACAGCCACCGCAGCGACCCCAGCCGCGUGGUGUGUCCCAUCUGCUCAGCCAUGCCCUGGGGCGACCCGAGCUACAAGAGCGCCAACUUCCUGCAGCACCUGCUCCACCGGCACAAGUUCUCCUACGACACCUUCGUGCCUCCAGCCUCCAGGCGCCAGACCCUGUGGAGUCGACCCCUCCGCUCCCUCCGCCUGUGCCUGGUCCCGAUGGGUGGAUGCCACGGGGAUCCCUGGCUUCUCUGCUCAUCUCAAGCCCCGUUCUUGAGUCUGAGGAGAAAGGACAGCUCCGAUUCCGGGUGUCCAGCCCACGCAGUCCGCCCAGCCCUCAGUCACUGGGCGCGGUGGCCUCCGGGCAGCCAGACCAUCCCCGCAGCGCAGUUGCCGCACAGCGCCUGGGACCCCGUGACCGUGCGGGGCCGAAGGGGGGCGGGGAGGCUGGACGCGGCAGAGCCGGUCUAUUUGAGGUGACAGGACCAGGGCCAGGGGGGUCGCUCUGGGAGGCCCUGGCCUCCCUGGCCCAGCUCCACUCCCUGUCUUCCAGGACUACAGCAUCGACGAGGAGGCCGCCUUCCAGGCCGCCCUGGCCCUGUCUCUCUCCGAGAACUGAAGGCGUGGCCACUGGCCCAGGCCUCCCGCCUCAAGGGACAUGCCCCGCCAGCUCCUGCGGCCCAGGCCUGCCUGGGAAGGCGCCUUGAGGGCCAGGUGGAGCCUCACUGCUGCAGGAGGAGAGGCCGCGUCCCUGUCGCGCUGAGCAGGUGGCCUCGGGGGGCCGGCCACUGGGAUGGAGUGUGGCCACUGUGUCUCAAAGCCAUGAUGUCCUCCCUGCAGAGAGGACCCUUCAGGCCCUGCCGCGUCCACAGGCCCCCGCACUGAGCAGGGAAGCGCGGAGGGGGCCCCGGCCCAGCACCUGGCAACGCCUCCCCAUCGCGUGCUCGGUACUGGCUUUUAUGAUUCCUAGAGGUUCCACACUUUUCUAUAUUAUCCGGUGUGAUGACCUUUUCACAUUUUCUAGAGCACAGACAGAGCAGUUGCCCUUCAUAUUGCAAUAUCCGUGUCUGACUAGGAAUAAUAGUAUUUUUAUGGAACAUUUACAGAAUUAUAUUUUUUAAAAAAACAAUAAAAAACGAACGGUUGUGGGAUGGGGAGGAGAGGAGAGACGGGGCAAUCGCUGUGUGCAGGGACCGAGGUGGCCACGUCCCCAGGUCACCUCGCUGUUCCCCAGGGUCACUGGGAUAAUCACGGGAAGAAAUCGCAACGCCCAGCCACUUGCAGCGGCGCUGUGUCUGCUCCUGGCCUCCCGCCUGGGUCUUGGCCUCGGCCCUGCUGUCCCUGGUCCAAAGCCGACCACCUCGCGCCCCCAGCAGGGCCGCCCCGGCAGUGGCAGAGUGCGGGGCCGGGGCAGUGACCAGAGCUCACAAGACGCUCAUCGGCACCCUCGUUUGGCUCGUGGCAUAAAUUAUUGCUGUCUUUAAAAAAAAUUUAAAUAAAAUGUCUCAAAGCAUCUCCA